AUGGCACGAGACCUUGCGACACGAACGGCGCCGAUUCAGCGAUUCGUCCGCUCGAACGUGACGACGGCAUGGUUAUAUCCGAUCAAAGGAAUAUGGUACUUUGCGACGCACCGCUAUCUACAUCCUCUCUUGCGAAGCCGACUGGUACCAUUGACCUUGCUUUCGACUUGCAUCUUGAUCAUCCUCUUCCUCACGGCGUAUCUACCGAUCGUGGCCUUUCUCGCUCUCUUCCAUUACAAAGGCUCAGCAUGGGUCAACGCGACCUUUUUCCUCCUCGCGGUCGGCGCGCUCAUAAUACAAUUGCUCUUUGAAGCCCUGUUUGUGGACGAUACACAGGUCGACAUUUUCGAUGCGGUCUUGGUGGGCGAGGGCUACGAACACUUGGUGAAGAGCAGACGUGAGGUGUCGGACAACAUCGAAGAGAGCGAUCCAUACAAACGAUUGGGGCCACGAGACUCGGGCGCCAAAUUCGCACCCUUCUCCUUUCGCCAGAUCGUGGAGCUGAUCAUACUCCUACCUCUCAACUUCGUUCCGUUCGCCGGCGUGCCUCUCUUUCUUCUACUCACAGGGUACCGGGCUGGACCACUUAUGAACUGGCGGUACUUCCAACUUCGGCAAUUUACGAAGAAACAGAGGAAGGCUUUCACGACCACGAAAAGAAAGAGAUUUGAAUACAUGUGGUUUGGGACAGUACACAUGAUUUUACAGCUUAUUCCAGUUCUGGCGAUGCUGCUGCUUCUCACUACCGCAGCUGGUAGUGCGUUGCUGAGUGUGCGCAUGGAGCAGGAAAGACAGAGCCUCGAACAUGCAGAAGAGCCCAUCAGUGAAGACGAUCAUCCGCCAGCGUAUGCAGACGAGCCAUGA